AAAAUGAUGGAGAUGCUACUUCGCCCAGCACAGUAGACGCUGAAAAUACCGCCCUAACUGAAAUCGAUACUAUUUUAGCAGAGGCGGGCUAUAGUGGAGGAACAACUACUUACUUAGUCUUGCAGUUCCGCAGUUUAGCCUAUAUCGAUGGUGGGGAUGGUAAGUAUGACAUUCAACAGGCUAUUAGCCGCAUAAAAGCUGGUAAAUACACAGAUAAAGAUGGUAAAGAGGAAGAUGCUUCCAGUCAGGUAAAAAAACACGGCAAACUUGCCGAAGUGGAAGCCUUGAUUAAAAAAGUCUUUGGUUCGGAUGGCAAAAUCAAGUCUGAAUUCCUGGAAGAAAUCAAAAAGUCAGAUGCUACUUUGGUAGAUUUAAAAUCCCUUCUCCAAAAAGAACCCAAAGACAUUAUUACUUAUAUUGCCCGUUUUACUUAUAACCAACUAGAUGAUAAUGCUAGUGAUGAGAAAAAUAAGAAAAAGACCCAAAUGAAACGAAGAAUUGCCAAAAAGUUGAAUAAAACUAAUGAAAGCGAAUUGACUGAACAAGAACUUAAUGAUAGCCUUUAUAAGUUGGAAAUAGGAGACUUAACUAUUGACAAUACUAAAUAUUACAAGGCAGAUUUAAGUGAGAUUACUUCUCAAACGCAAGAUGAAACCGAGCCUAAAUGA